AUGGCGGCACAGGUGGAGUCCGGCAUCGCGACUGCAUUGGUCACCAGGCGCUCCAGCUCCACCACAGCCCGCCAGGGUAUCGGCAGGCUAAUCCUCUUGGAGAGAAGGCAUGGGCAGGCAGAGGCAGCUCUUGCCUACCCGCUAGCCACUACUCGCUAUUCGGCAACCACAACCCAGAGGUCAGCGAGGCACCUGCCCAACUGCCCACCUCAAGGCGGAGCGAGGUCUGCCCAACAGGCGGCAAAAGACGCCCCAUCAAGGACACCCACCAUCAUCCACCAUCACCCACCAUCACCCACAUCCAGGUCUAGUGGUCAGCGUUUCCUGCGUCGUUUUCUCUCGUUCCCUCCUCUCCCGGUGAACGGCGCUCAAGCUCAACCCGCCGCUAGGCAUUGGGGACAAAGGCACAACCCCUCUCACAAUGACAAUCCCUUUAUGAAUUUGAGUCCGUCCGUCGAUACCCGUCUGCCGCCUGCCGCCUGCCGCUUGCCUACUCUGGGGUAUGGCGCCAUGCGAGCCGAGUGCGGUGGAAGUAUAUUUGCUUUUGGGUGCUUCCUCGGAUACUUGCCGUCGUCGCUGCAGAACUUUAUUUGA